CCUUGCUAGAUGAUUGGCGAGGUAAGAUGGCGGCGCCAGAGGAGCCAGAAUUAUCUCAGGCGCAGACCGAAAAACUCCUUCAAUUUCAGGAUUUGACUGGUUUGGAAUCAAUGGACCAAUGUCGUCGAACAUUAGAGCAGCAUAAUUGGAACAUAGAGGCUGCAGUGCAAGACAGACUUAACGAGCAGGAAGGAGUUCCCAGUGUGUUUAACCCUCCACCAUCCAGACCACUUCAAGUCAAUACAGCAGACCAUAGAGUAUAUAGUUACAUCGUCUCGAGGCCACAACCCAGGGGAUUAUUAGGAUGGAGUUACUACUUGAUAAUGCUACCGUUCAGAUUUACAUAUUACACACUCCUGGAUAUAUUCAGGUUGGCCCUGCGGUUCAUUAGGCCAGAUCCUCGUGGCCGUGUGACAGACCCUGUCGGAGAUGUUGUGUCUUUCAUUCAUAGUUUUAAGGAGAAAUAUGGUCAGUCACACCCCGUUUUUUACCAGGGGACAUACAGUCAGGCUCUGAACGAUGCCAAACGGGAGCUCCGCUACCUACUAGUGUACCUUCACGGGGACGAUCAUCAAGACACAGACGAGUUUUGCCGCUCCACAUUAUGUACAGAAGAGGUCAUAACCUUCCUCAACACGCGGAUGCUCUUUUGGGCAUGUUCAACCAGCAAGCCUGAGGGCUACAGAGUGUCCCAAGCAUUGCGAGAGAACACCUACCCAUUCCUAGCCAUGAUAAUGCUAAAGGACCGCAAGAUGACAGUUGUGGGCAGGCUCGAGGGUCUAAUUCAGCCAGAGGAUUUCAUCAAUCAGCUCACCUUCAUCAUGGAUGCAAACCAAACAUAUCUGAUGUCAGAGCGCCUUGAACGUGAGGAGAGGAACCAGACCCAAGUGCUGAGGCAGCAGCAGGAUGAAGCCUAUCUCGCCUCCCUCCGUGCCGACCAGGAGAAGGAGAGAAAGAAACGAGAGGAGCAGGAGCAGCGGAGGCAAGAAGAGGAGAAAGUCCGACAAACUGCUCUUGCUGAGGAGCGGAGACGAAGAACACUCGAAGAGGAGAAGGAAAGGAAGUCAGAAUGCCUUCCUCCGGAGCCACCUGCAGACGACCCAGAAAGUGUCAAAAUAGUGUUUAAGCUGCCCAAUGAUACACGAGUAGAAAGACGAUUCCUGUUUGGUCAGUCUCUGACGGUAAUAUACGACUUCCUUUUCUCUUUGAAAGAAACUCCAGAGAAGUUUCAGAUAGUUACAAACUUCCCUCGCAGAGUCUUGCCCUGCCUUCCGACUGAAGAGCAGCCCAACCCACCCACACUGAAAGAGGCGGGACUCAGCCGCUCCGAGGUCCUUUUUGUUCAGGACCUUACGGACGAUUAAUAGAUGACAUACCUCUUCUACAUGGAGAAAAGUCCCCCAUUCAACACAAACCCACCUUUUUUUUCUCUCUCUCUCUUUCAUAUUUUGUUAAAUGGUCAUUAUACAUAAGGGAUCAUUAAUUUAAAAUCCUAACCUGGAAAAUAAACCACCCAGCACCCAGUCCUUGUUUGGUUGUGUUUACAGGGUUCCCAAUAGCCUGGAAAGUCUUGAAUUUUAUCAAAUAAAUAUUUCUUGAAGUCCUUUCUUGAGCUCAUCUUUAUAUUUCUGUGGAAAAGUUUUUUUCCAUUUUUGUAUUAGCUGCCAGUAAACUCUUGUCCUUCCUUAUCAACAGCUCCUGCAGCAAUUGAUUACUUAGCUGCUUAAAUGUACCGAAGCAGAAGCAAAACGUUUUUCAGAGCCAUAUCCCAAAUUAGUCGACUAGGCUACUGAGGAAGACAGGACAUAUUAAUACUUACACCAGACAGCAUUGAGAAGUAUGGAUUUUUGUGAUGUGUGAAUGCCUGGGGAUUUUUAUUUUCUUAAAAGUUAUUCUUGUUUGGUCCACUUGUCCUAAUUUAACCUUCCUUCUGCCUGUAGUUCACACUUCCUCCACAGAGAUUAACAAUCUCAACUAAAGCAGAAAUUCUAAGUUUGGUGCUGCUGUGAUUUUUAAUCUGUGUAGUGUGGAGAGAAAACACACCUUUAGGGAGCAGGAUGGUGGAUUUGGACAUAAAUCAGUAAUGGGAACCCUGUCUUUUUUUAAUGAGCCAUUACCUGUACAUAAGUUUAAUAUUUAAAAUUCUCUCAACUUACCUUGCAUAUUGUUUUAUUUUGGACUCAUCUGUGUCAUAAAAUGACCAAAUGCAGGUUUGUUACUAUGUAAAGCAGACUGCCUCAAGCUCAUGAAGUUCAAACAUAAAAUAUUUAACAGAGGCCACAGCUUUUACAUGUGGCUUUAUCUAGUAUAGUACAAGUCUGCCCAUAGUGUGCCUGUGGUAACUCAUAGAUGCCUGUUUUGCCUGUAACAUCUAAAUGGGCUCAUGUAAAGAUGUAAUUUUCCAACUAUAAAUUAAAAACAUUUUAAAAAUG